AUGCUCCCGGCCGCGGCGGCCCCGGCCCCGGUCGACGCAUACCCACGGUACGCUGCGAGCGCUCUGGCAUCGAACGCGCUGGUGAGAUGCACCUUUGCAGCGGCUUUCCCAUUGUUCGGCAUCCAGAUGUAUCAGAGCCUCGGGUUCCAGUGGGCCACUGGCCUCCUCGCCUUCAUCACGCUCGCGUUAAUGCCGUUUCCCUACAUCUUCUUCCGAUACGGCAAGAAGAUACGAGCCAAGAGCAGAUAUGCAACCGCUACGUAG